UAAGGUGAAACUAACCAAUCCGCAGUGCGUGCGAGGAAGAGGCGCGGCCUAUGAUCGCUCCUCCCCCACCACCACCACCACCACCUUUCGUCCGCACUGACCUCUGUCCCUUUAACAUUAACGUCGUUAAGGAUUUCGCCGACGUAAAAUCCUCAGCAGCGUUACACGGGCCGCUUUCCUUCAUCUGCACUUACAGCGUUCUGGGAAGAACAUGGCGCUGCUGACUCCUCUCUUCGCGUUUCUCUACCAUUUACCGCAGGUGUAUAAAUGGCUGUUGAAGCCGUAUUACGUGGCGUCGUUUUUUAUGUCGCUGGCUUUCCUGAUGGUCCGCAAGACUCCGGGAAUCUGUGAACAUCUUUCCACGCAGAGAGAGGACGGAAACCCCUGCGACUUCGACUGGAGAGAGGUGGAGAUACUGAUGUUUCUCAGUGCUAUAGUCAUGAUGAAAAACAGAAGAGCAAUAACUGUCGAGCAGCAUGUGGGGAACAUCAUCCUCUUCUGUAAAGUGGCCAAUGUGAUCCUGUUCUUCAGACUGGAUAUUCGCAUGGGACUGCUCUACCUUACCCUGUGCAUCGUGUUCCUCAUGACCUGCAAGCCUCCUCUGUACAUGGGCCCCGAGUACAUCAAGUACUUCAGUGAUAAGACCAUAGAUGAGGAAUUGGAAAGAGACAACCGUGUGACCUGGAUUGUGGAGUUCUUUGCGAACUGGUCUUCCGAGUGUCAGUCUUUUGCGUCCGUUUACGCUGAUCUGUCCUUGAAGUACAGCUGUGCUGGGCUGAAGUUCGGAAAAGUGGACGUGGGCCGUUAUGGCGAUGUGUCUAAGAAGUACAAGGUGAGCACAUCUCCUCUCUCGAAGCAGCUGCCGUCUCUGGUGCUCUUUCAGGGAGGGAAAGAAGUUAUGAGACGCCCCCAGGUGGACAAGAAAGGACGAGCAGUGUCUUGGAGCUUCACUGAGGAGAACAUCAUCAGAGAGUUUAAUUUAAAUGAGCUGUAUCAGAAAUCGAAGAAACUAAAUAAGACGAAAGGAGAGAGGAACGAGCCCAGUGAGUCGCAGUUCCCCCCAGUGCCUGAGGAGGACGAGGAACCCGAGGCAGAAGUUGCAGAGAUGGAGAGAGAGAGCAAGAAGGACAAAUAAGAUUGGGAGAGAACACUGGGACAUCACAGCAGAACUGUAUGGGUUUAUUCACACACUCAGUGACGUGCAGUGUCCGGAGUCGUGUGGGAACAUGAUUGAAUUUUUUGUUUUGUUUUUUUGUCGGAACCACCUAUAAUCAAACUUGUACCUAAAUGAAUGGAAUUGAAUUGAAAAGUGCUGAAUAAUGCUGUUUAAGAACACUUAACCAUCCACAUCCAUCCUUUAGGGGUUAAGUGAGAUAUUGUGCUGGCUCACCUGCUGGUGAGUGUUUUUCAUUUUAACCAAAUUUAACAUUUCAUGCAUCCUACCUCUAAUGAGUUAAUGAGAUCGUUAUUGAUUAAUUUAAUGGUAUAUUUUGUAAGUAGUUGCUUUUAAAUUAUUACUGACUACUAAUGGAAUUCUAAACUUCAUUCCUUUUUUGUUAACUCCUACUUUUUCUAUUUUUUUCUUGGACAUUUAGUAAUUUUGUCCAUGUAUUUGUCUGAUUGCUUUGUGGUACUCAUUUGGUAACAAAAGGUGUUUACCAUUACAUUUCUGUAUGACAGCCUUGUUUUAUCUGAAGGGUACAACAGCUCUGUAUUAACUGUGACCAAAGCAUCAACUGUUAUGAGAUGAUAUUUUCAAAGCUUUGAUGUUCUGCCACAGACCUCUUUUAUUCGAACAUCUAGCAUUUGCUGAAGCUGCACAGUCGUAAAUAUUUGUGUCAGCUUGGCUUGAUGCUUCCAUCUCUGCGUUUUCCAUCUUGUGAAAAAUGGAAGCUUGUGGGAUGUUUUGGCAUUUUUGCAAAACCAACCCAUUGCUUUUCUCUGCUUUCCUUCAGGUCAUCCUGCAGUCAGUGGACUUACAUACCCACGCUUGUACGGGACAUAAUUUCAGUUAGAUUGCACACACACAACUGUAUGCUGCAUGCACCCUAGUGACCGACUGAUUCUGACUUCAUUCCAAACCACAGUUACUGUAUAGUGUUUAACUCCAUUGCAGAUGGAUGUGACUCAGAUUGUAUGCUGGGAGAGGUUUUGGAUGAAUGUUGGCAUUCCAGUAAAAAUAAAAAUUAAAAAUCCACACAAAGCUUAGUCCUCCUCCAUAGUUCUACUUUGUGUCCUAAACCCUAGUAUGUUUAAAGUGGAGGUCAUUUCAUUCUACACAAUGUUAUGGUAAUGACUAAUGUGACCUCUUUAUCCCCACAAAUGUUUUCCAAGUCUAUUCUAAUACAUCUGCUCACCACCUGACAACUUUAAAUGAUCCAAAAAGUAGAAUUGAUUUAUUCUGGUUUGCUAUUUUGAAGAAACAUUGCUCACAACCAGACAAACAAGAAUCCUCUUAUACAACUUCGGUUCACUUAUCCAAAUGGUUUGUUCGUGUAAAUGAAGGCGGCAGUUUUUCGUCUGAAACCUGGUGUAAUUUCAUGGAUUGAUUAAAAAAAAACAUUGUCAUAACAUGGAAUGAGGAAAUGCCAAGCAUAACUCGAUGCCGACGCGUCCUUCUUGUUACUAAUUUGUAUGUAUUAAAUACAAAUAUACUAAGAUAUACCUUAAACAGGGAGGAAUCAAUUUAAGAUACAUGACCUUGACAGUGUUUGGAUCAGUUUCAAAAUCUAAUCAGUUCAUCUGCUGGUUACAGUGAUACUUACACAGAAAUUAUACAAACAUUCAACCACUUGUUCUUGAGAUAUCGUGCUAAGGAGAAUCUUGUACAGAUAUCCUGAAAACAUAAUGCCGCAAACAGUUUCUGCAUAAAACUGAGCAUUUACACCAAAUUCAAACACAAGGCCAUUCAUGUUAUGGUUUAAAUUUGUUCAGAUCAUUAGAUUAAGACAGAUUGAAUAACAAUGGGAAUACUUUACCUCAUAUAAUCAUGACCAAAAACGUCAUUCAAAGCUCAGUAAAGACAAAAUGCUCCUCACCUUUCACCUGAAUUCAAAUGAACAGAACCAGCCUGAAGGGGCCAGUAUUGGUGUUUGCACAUAAAUCUUUCUGAGAAAGUUUGUGAACCCUUUGGAAUUAUUCACGAUGAAUGGCUCCUAAAAUUGCACCUGAUCUUGAUCCAAGUGAUGAACAGAGUUAUUUAGCAAACAUACAUGAUUACUUUGCCAUAUCCCUGUCAAACCAGUGGUUAAAUGUGUAUGGUUAUUGUUAGAAAAAACACUAGGCACUAUUUUGUCUACCUGCUCUUCACAAUAGAAUUCUGACAGAGAUUCAGAGCAAACAGAAGUAGGAAAUUAAGAUGUCUACAGUCUGAUAAAUUGUUCAAAAAUGGAAGAAUUAAUUGCUACUAUAGUUGCUAAGGGAGUGAACACCCUUAAAAGAUCAGUGCAAGACUUCUCUACAAAUAAGUGAGACAGCUAAAGUUCUGCAGUACCACUUGUGUGUGAACCUACCUUAAUAAUACACUGAACAGCUUUGCUGUCUCAAAGUGGCUCACAAACCUGAUGGACCAAUGAAAUUCAGAAAAGUCUUCAGCAGACCAUCAGGACACAUCAAUGCUAGAAACACAGGUGGCAAUAGGGUCAACACAGUGGCUCAAACAAAAGUAGUGGCAUAAUUUACAAUGAAAAACGCAGAGCCUUGAAAUACUAUAGCAUUAUGUAAAAUAAAUAAAUAACCAUGUACCAAAACCACCUCCUCCCAGCUGCUUAAGAUUCAACAGCUCCUGGAGACGUUUGGAAGAGGAGGUUCUAAUAGAUAGUUCUCCCUAGUGGUGACCUUGUUAACCACAAUAAGCUGAAUGUAUAUUUGAAUAAUCCUUUUAAGUACUGGUUGGAGGAGUGUUAUUCAGUAAGGAUGUGUGUUAUUCAGUAGAUCGCUAAAGGUAAGCAGGUUUAAGUGCUGCACAGGAGGACAUCAGUGUGUGAAAUGGCAUAAAACCCUUGAUAUGGUGCUGUAGUACGUUUUAUUUAAACUAAAUUUAUUUUCUUGAGAAUUGGUGGAGAUCAAGGUUUGAGUUUCCCAAAACCAACCCAAAAAAAAAAAAUAAAAAAAUCAUAGUUUAAUGGCAAAGCGAUGAUCAAACUGAGCACUAUGUCUACCGGUUCAAAUGAUCUUAAUUGUGCAACGCUUUUGAGAAACUGGGCUGAACGGAUCUACAGCAAUGGGUUCAGACCUUGUCAAGUCUUUUGGGUUGAACAGUGAAUCAGUUCGUUGUGCAUAUUACCACUGGAGACAUGAGAAAACUGAUGUUCAAAAUGAUGUAUUCUAAAUAAAUUAUCAAGCCAGUCUAAUGCUCAAAUACUUUAUAAAGUGUUUAUUAACAAUGCUCAAUCACACUCACCCACAGACUCACAUUCACUCACACACAGCUAUACAGUACACAUUUUCCUUCUUAAUUAACAUACUGAUCCAGAUAGCAGAUAUUUCCUGUUUUUCUUUUUAUUCUCAUAUGGAAUUGACUAGCUGCUGAAGCGGCUGUCAAAACUCUUAUCCACCUGAAUGGACAAACGUGAUCUACAUUUCAAUCCAAAGCCGCCAACAAUUUGAGGAAUCACUGAAACACAAAGCUUGCAAAAUAUCCACAACAUUUUUUGUUUUUUUAAAAGUAAAAAUUAAAUUAAAAAAGGCAUUUUAUAAUUCAUAACUACAGCAGUCACUUACUGACUGGUUCAACCAUUAUUCAAUCCAAGUGCACUGGUUUCCCACCCACCGAAAUUCUCUACCUGCUCAGCUAGACAAGGGCAUUUGAGAGAGUCUCUUCAACAGGAAUUGAUAAACCAAAGCAGACACUAUCUCACAGACAGACUUUACAAGGUAACUCUGAAAAUAUAUCCCACAAAAUGCGCUUACCUGUGUGUCAUGUGUAUUCAGAUGCUACAUUUCAUGGGCUGAGUGUUACGUUACAUAGGAUUCACCUGGCUGACUCUGAGGCUUGUCUUAAUCUGGAGACAGACUCAGCCACAGAGUGGUCUUAGCAACAGUCAUUCAAAAUUAAACGAGUCUCCCUUCCCACCCACUUGAUUGGUUAAAAACCCAAACUGGAUACAAAUCUCAUCAGCACUAGUAAAAAACAAAAACAAAAGGGUGCAUUCGAGUAAAGCAUGUUUCAGUGAGAUUCUCUGAUCUUAAUCCUUAACGUGUGGAUCACAGAAACUGUCUUAAACCUGUGCUACUCAAUCACACCUGCAAUGCUUGAUCAUAUCAACAGCUAUUUAUAAAUUCAUAUAAAAUAAGACUGAAAAAUUAAAUAAAAAUGUUUCUCAUUGAUUUCCAAGGCCAUUGCUCGAAAACACUCUCUCGAAAAGGAUCAUCUCAAUGAACAACAAUUUAGACCAUUUCAUUACCCACUAUUACUUCUCCGCUUCUGAUUGGUUAAUGCACCGGAGUAGAAUGGUCAUGAGCCAAUCACAGUGG